AUGGAUAGAAUUAAACGAAAAUUAACUUUGUAUACAGUUGAUACUUGGAAUGAUAUUCUUAUUCUUACAUCUUAUACAUCUAAUCUUCGUCGUUUGAUAACACCGUGUGGUAUGGAUCGUGAUAUUGAAGAUAUUGAAACGUUAUUACCAUUACAAUUAUCAACAUUGACUUACCUACGAACAUGUUUCAAUUAUUUAAAUUUUCAUCAAUUUGAAAUGUUUAUUAAAAAAAUAAAUUCACCAUUGAAAAUUUUACAUGUUGAAGAUGUAAAUUUUCGUAAUAGUGAUUGUUGGGAAAAUUUAAUUUUAACAUCUUUAUCUCAUCUAGAAAAAUAA